AGCCUGGCGACAGAGCGAGACUCCGUCUCAAACAAGCAGGCGAGCAAGCAAACAAACGAAAACCUCCGGCCUCUGGCACAGCAGGCUCUGCGUAAUUACUUUCUCCAUUGCACCCUGCCUUGAUUAAUGGGCUCUGUCUAAGCAGCGGGCAAGGUGAACUCGUUGGGCUGUUACAGGACCAGUGACAGAGCAAGGGCAUGCCACUGAAGGGAUCCCUAGAAGCACACUUCCAGAGGCGAGGCAGGCGGAUCUCACCCACGCCUGUCAACAGCUCCUGGCGGAACUGGGUUCCGAGGUCAGCCCUGGCCCGGAGGAGCGCCGAGGACCCGCAGAACGCGGCUGAAGUGGUGGCUACAACUCACCUAGGAUCUGGGGCGCCAGCCCUCCGGUGGGCAGGGCGUUCUCCCCUCCCACCUCACCCCCCGCAUGAUGACAUCAUGUGUUUGGGGCUGAGUUGCUCCAUAAAAGCAGCCCCGGGGAGGGGAGACAGGAGCGCGAAGAGCGGACGUGCUAGCCAAGGCACACGGGCUGCGCGCACGCGGUCCUGGUGUGCUGCCAGAGCACGAGCCGCCCCUGGGAGCCCCCGGGACAGCAGGAGCCCGCCCCGCAGGAGCCCGCGAAGAUGCCCCGGAGCAGCCUGCACGCGGCGGCGGCCGUGCUUCUGCUGGUGAUCUUAAAGGAACAGCCUUCCAGCCCAGCCCCCGUGAACGGUUCCAAGUGGACCUAUUUUGGUCCUGAUGGGGAGAACACCUGGUCCAAGAAAUACCCAUCGUGUGGGGGCCUGUUGCAGUCCCCCAUAGACCUGCACAGCGACAUCCUCCAGUAUGACGCCAGCCUCACGCCCCUCACGUUCCAAGGCUACAAUCUGUCUACCAAUGAGCAGUUUCUCCUGACCAACAAUGGCCAUUCAGUGAAGCUGACCCUGCCCUCGCACAUGCACAUCCAGGGGCUCCAGUCUCGCUACAAUGCCACACAGCUGCACCUGCAUUGGGGGAACCCGAAGGACCCGCAUGGCUCUGAGCACACCAUCAGCGGAAAGCACUUCGCCGCCGAGCUGCACAUCGUUCAUUAUAACUCAGACCUGUAUCCCAAUGCCAGCAGUGCCAGCAACAAGUCAGAAGGCCUCGCUGUCCUAGCUGUUCUCAUUGAGAUGGGGUCCUUCAAUCCGUCCUAUGACAAGAUCUUCAGUCACCUUCAACGUGUAAAGUACAAAGGCCAGGAAGCAUUCAUCCCGGGAUUCAACAUUGAAGAGCUGCUUCCGGAGAGGACUGCUGAGUAUUACCGCUACCAGGGGUCCCUGACCACACCCCCUUGCAACCCCACUGUGCUCUGGACAGUUUUCCGAAACCCUGUGCAAAUUUCCCAGGAGCAGCUGCUGGCUUUGGAGACAGCCCUGUACUGCACACACAUGGACGACCCUUCCCCCAGAGAAAUGAUCAACAACUUCCGGCAGGUCCAGAAGUUCGAUGAGAGGCUGGUGUACACCUCCUUCCCCAAAGUGCAAGUCUGUCCCGCCACAGGACUGAGUCUGGGCGUCAUCCUCUCGCUGGCCCUGGCCGGCGUUCUUGGCAUCUGCAUUGUGCUGGUGGUGUCCAUUUGGCUUUUCAGAAGGAAGAGUAACAAAAAAGGUGGCAACAGGGGAGUCAUUUACAAGCCAGCCACCAAGGAGGAGACUGAGGCCCAGGCUUGAGGUCCCCGGAGCUCCCAGGCGCAUCCAGGAAGGACUUUGCUUUGGACCCUACACACUUUGGCUCUCUGAACACUUGCAACACCUCAAGGUGUUCUCUGCAGCUCAAUCUGCAAACAUGCCAGGCCUCAGGGAUCCUCUGCUGGGUGGCCAUUUAUCUUGGGACCAUGGCGGCUCCAGAGCCGUCCGCUCCAUGGAUGGGAUGUGCUCUCAGACCAAGCAGCAGGAACUCUGAGCUGCUUGCUGUAUCUGUGUGAGAUCAUUAAGUGGUCCGAAUUCUGGGAUCACAUGCUGGUGGGCCAUUAAUGGUUGGAAAAUAAUUCAUCUAGGGCUUUGCCAGAACAUAUUUUCAAGUGUCCUGGAAAUUCUGCUGCUUCUCCAAGCUUUCAGACAAGAAUGUGCACUCUGCUUAGGUUUUGCUUGGGAAGCUCAACUUCUUUCCUCAGGAGAUGGGGCAUCUCCCUCUGAUUUCCUUCUGCUAUGACAAAACCUUUAAUCUGCAUCUUACAACUCCGGGAUGAAUGGGGACGGGAAGGAUCAAGUUGCAGAGAGAAAAAGAACACAAGAUAUAUGUUGUGAGAUAUUAGGGACACUUUCACAGUCCUGUCCUUUGGAUCACAGACACUGCACAGACCUUAGGGAAAGGCAGGUUCAAGUUCCAUUUCUCGGUGGGGAGGAGAAGGGAGAGAGAGCUGCAGGGAGAGAGAUAAGAAGACGACGUGGAUGCUCUGGGAGAGUCUCACUUUGGAAUCAGAACUGGAAUCACAUUCUGUUUAUCAAGCCAUAUCAUAAGGACAGAAGAACCAAACCCAGCCUCCUGCUAGGGAGGCAGUUAUGUGUUGUACUCUACAGAUUUUAUAAAUAAUGAGGCUGUUCCUUGAAAGUGUGUUGUUGCUGUGUCCUGGAGGAGACCGAGCUCUGAGAUGACCUGAUCUGCCUUUGAAUCUGGAGGAAAUAGGCAGAAGCAACAUGACAGUAGAACUUCGUCUGUUUUGGUCGAAUUUUAUUUCAGCCACUUCUGCAGGAUCCCUACUGCCAACGUGGAAUGGGGGCUUAUCUACUCCUCUCUCUCUCUGAGGAUGUCAAAUCAUGGUUUAUCUAAAAUAUAGUUCAAGCUACAAAAGCAGGAGUUUAUCUGUGCAGGGGCUGGCAUCAUCAUGGCAUUUAGGGGCCAGUAAUAAUGGAAUGCUACUAAGAUACUCCAUAUUCUUCUCCCCAAAUCACACAGACAGAGAGGCACAACUCCUCCAUUUUCCUCCCACAGGUGAGAGCCCCGUGGAGGUGAGUCAGUGCCAUGACUGAGAAGGAACCGACCCCUAGUUGACAGAACUUUGCAGCUCCUUGAGAACGUUCUGAUUCACAAUCUCAUUUCGACAGCAUGAAAUGUCCUCUUGAAGCAUAGCUUUUUGAAUAAUACCUGAUUUCCUUCUACUCCUCCCUCUGACCCUAAGAAGUCUCUCUUCUGUACUGUCACAACUUUUCUUAAUUAUGGCAAGCCUGAUGGAGACUGUUUUGCUAGACAAAGUUACAAGUGACCUAACGGGGGCUCCAAAGUGUGUGUGUGUCUCUCUGUGUGUUUGUGUGUUAGUGCACUCAAGACCUCUAACAGCCUUGAAGUCUGGGGUGGCAUCCCAGCCUUGCCAUUAGCAUGCCUCAUGCCUCAUCAAAUGACAAGGACAACUUUCGUGACCAAGCAACAUGAAUUAGAUGACCUCUUGGCCUUGGUCCCAAAUUGUCAAUCAGAAAUGAAUAUAAAGGGCUUCAGAGCAGCGGGACUGCCUGUCAAAAGACUCUAUCUUUUGUGGAUGAGUUUCUUGAGAGAACAGAGAGACCAUUGUACCUGGCACAAGGGCUGUUCAUGAAAAGGGAAACUUCCCGGCAGGCGGGAGACAGCGGCAUGCCUCCUCCCGCUUCCUGCUGAGCACAGCCCCGGCUCGCAGCCCUGAGGCUGAGACCAGACAAAGCCAGAGAGGCAGAAAGAUGCUCCAGGAACCAACACCAUCAAUGUCUUUGCAAAUCCCCACAGGAUUCCUGCGGGUCCAGCUUUGGAACUGGGAAAUCUUUCUUCAGAUCCACACCAGUUGCCCCUAAAGGAUGCCAGUGCCGUGGUGUGUGAGGCUCAGUGGCUGCGCACAUUCGCUUCUACUAACUCUGCUGUGUGGUGGAUGCCUAGGUGGAAACAGCAAAAACAAGGCACAGGCUGCGGCCAGGGCCGUGGGGAAGGCCCUGGACUGUCAUUCAUGUGGGAUCUUGAAUCUCUUUGUUCUGUUUCAGUAUCAUCUUAGUAAAAUAGU